AUGCCGCCUGCCUCUAAUAUUCUCAUACUAGGCGGCGGUAUUGCAGGCAUUGCCGCCGCCCUGGCACUAUCCAAAGAGCUAUCUCCUCUUGAUCCAAACAUAAAUAUCCGGCUAUUUGAACUCCGCGAUAUCCCCUCAACGAGUGGUGGGGCAAUUAAUCUUACUCCAGUGGCUCAGAGACACCUGGCCCAACUUGGGAUUCUCGAGGAGCUUGACAAGAUGGGCCCCGAUGGAGGUGUCGAUGUGGAUGGCAUAGAGUACUAUUCCAUUCACACUGGUCGAAAAAUGGGCUUUAUCGACUUCGCUGGCAAGAAAGGCCAGGGAUACGGCGGAUACAAAGGCAGACGAGUGAUGCGUAUAAACCUUCAUCUCGCUAUGUUAGCCGCCGCAGAAAGAAUUGGAAACAUUUCCAUCGAAUUCGGCAAGAAGGUCAUCGGAGGCAUGGAAACACAGAAGUCUGUCACCAUCCACUUCGCCGAUGGAUCUAGCGCGACCGGCGAUAUAGCCAUUGGCUGCGAUGGGGUCCAUUCCAAUACGCGCACUAAGAUAGUUGAUCCUGAGAGACCUUCCGAAUAUACCGGCAUCUCAUUUAUCCAAACCACUAUUAAGACAGACCAGAUAGACUCUCCUAUCCAUUUUGAGGCUACUGCAAUGAAUCGAUCACGGCGAGGUGCUCUAUUGACAACAUUCUGCGAUUUAGAAAGAACUGAGAUAUUUACCGCUGGUUUGGUACAGAUCGACUCAUCGCUGCUAUCCAACGAUGCCUGGAAACAAGAAGGCGCUGGUAGUUACAGGCCGCGGUGGACCCCUUUAAAGGCACUUCGAGACGAUAUUCGUGAACGAUUUGGAGAAUCAGUGAUUCCUUGCAUACGGGAGAUUGUUGACAAGGCUGAGGGCUGGUCGAUAUACCCAGUUUACCAGCUUGCGCCUGGAGGAAAGUGGUUUACAGAGAGGAUCAUAUUAUUAGGGGAUGCUGCCCAUGCUAUGCCUCCAAGAGACGAAUCCGCCGCAUAUGCCCUCGAUGAUGCGAUCUUGCUAGCACGAGUCCUUGCUAUCUAUUAUGAACACCCGCUCCCCGACGCAUUCCUCACAUAUGAUGAACUUCGCCGAAAGCCCAUCAAUGACGCCUACAGGGAUUCUAAUGCCGGAUGGGCGAAUAAUAGAGAUCACGGCAAGUGGGCUUGCAGGCUUGAAGAGUGGCUCACGCCGUGGCACCUUCGGCGAAAGAAGCGGGCUCGGGUCGGUGCCUGGGUCUUUGAUGCACAAUCCGUACCGAUUCCUUCGCCGAGGGUUUGGAAAGAUGAAGAUUCAUGGUCGUGA